GCCUCAACCUCUCUUGUACAACUUCAGCCAAUCCGUCCGCUGACGACCACCCAUCGCUGCAUCUUAACAAACCGACAAGGAGGACUCCCACUUGUCACCUCUAAAUAUCGAUCUUGUAUCUGACUCCGUCAUUCCAAAUAACCAUUUGUCGCUCGGCUCCGCGCAGCGAGUCAACCCGUAGCGAAAAUGGGCAAAGCCGAAGUCGGAUCGACGAAAUACCUCUCCAACAAGAUGAAGCAAAAAGGCCUGACGCGCCUACGAUGGUACUGCCAGAUAUGCGAGAAGGCAUGUCGCGAUGAAAACGCCUUCAAGAUGCACUGCCAGUCCGAAAGCCACAUGCGGCGGGCGCUGGAGACGGGUCAGAAUUUCAAGACGGUCCAGGACGAGUACAGCAAGCAGUUCCUGCACGAGUUCAUCUCGCUACUCAAGACGGCGCACGGCGAGAAGAGCAUCCACGCCAACCGCUUCUACCAGGAGGUCAUUGCGCGCCGGGACCACACCCAUCUCAACGCCACGCGUUGGCAUUCCCUGACCGACUUUGUCAAGUACAUCGCCCGCGAGGGGAUUGUGAGGGCCGAGGAGAAAGAAGAUGGCAUCUUCAUCGCGUGGAUCGAUGAUUCUCCCGAGGCCAUGAAGCGGAGGGAAGCCGUCAGGAGGAAGGAAAUGCAGGACAAAGGCGACGAGGAGAGGGAGCAGAUGUUGCUGAGGGAGCAGAUCAAGAGGGCCCAGAGGGAUGCCGAGGCAAGAGGGUUUGCGGUGAAUGGCGGGGAAGAUGAUGAGGACGAGGGAAAGGUGCUGAAGCGGGAGCAGGGAGAGAAGAUCAAAUUGUCGUUUGGGACGAAACCUCCAGCGGCAGGGUCGACGGUGGCAAAGAACACUACGCAUGAGCCGGAUGCGACACCGGCGUCAAGUACCGGGGAAAAGGACAGCACAACCCCUGAAUCAACGGGGGAGGCGAGCAACGGGGAGCAGGAAAAGAAGCAGGAUGCUAAGCCGGUAUCACUAAAAGUUGCCGCCAAACCGCAACCGAAGAAUGUCUUCAAGAAUGCGUUUGCAGGUGCCCCGAAGAAGGUGAUGGCCGCGCAACCGAAGAAGAUGAGCGAGGCAGAGAGGAUCAUGAAGGAGGAGUUGGAGCGAAAAAGGGCGCGCGAAGCGGGCGGUGGACCUCCCAACAAAAGACCGCGCUUUUAGCAGCAUCAUUAUCAGUCAGCGACAGACCCUGGCAUGGUUGGCUACAUGGAGCAUUCAUCGGCGUUGGGGGCUAUACUUAGACGGGGCAUGAUACCAGGAAGGAAAUGGAAAGCAUGAUCUGAUUUCUACCGUCGCUAACGCUCCAGUCCGAGUAACCAUGCGUUUGACCAAAGUAGAUC